GGUUAGGACAUUCAGAUGGCGCAAUAAGGCCAGACCAGAAACCGUUGGAAUGAAGGCAAGUAAUGCAGGUACGAAAUGCAAUACUAAAUGCCCUGAAGAAGCAAUCCAAUUUUCUCAAUCCCUAAAUUCAUGUAGACGACGAACCUCAAAUCCCAAAACUAGGGGAAAAAAAGUUAUUUUUUUUUCCGACAAAAACGAGAACAGCGGAGAUUGAGAGCCGUGUCAUUCGGGUAAUCGGGCUAUUGGAUCCGGUAAAAUGAUCGGUUGGUGCAAACAGUUGCGGGGCGCUUUUGGGGCUUCUUUUCUCUGGCUCGUUUGCUUAAUUUACUUCACUCAGGGUUUUAGAUCUUUUGUAUGGACUGCAGUUUCAUAUCAGCUGAAAGAUGAGCUGAAGUUAUCACCUUCCGCCUCCCAGUUUGUCUCUUCAAUAGCAUUCUUUCCAUGGAGUGUGAAACCUCUAUACGGGAUUGUAUCUGAUUGCAUCCCCAUCAAAGGAAGAAAAAGAAUUCCCUACUUAAUACUGGCCACUUUGUUCUCAUUCUUUCCAUGGCUUCUUUUAGGCACCAGUGAAUUUCUUAGGACUUCUAAGGUGCAGCUAAUGGUUCUCCUAACAGUGCAAAAUCUGGGCUCUGCCAUGGCAGAUGUGGUAAUUGAUGCGAUGAUAGCUGAGGCUGUAAGAUUAGAGCGGGCCUUAUUUGCUGGUGAUCUUCAAUCAAUAUCUUGGAUGGCAAUGGCUUUGGGAGGAAUCUGUGGGAGUUUGCUAGGUGGUUAUGCAUUGAGCAAUCUGAGGAUGGAUGAAAUUUUUCUUAUUUUUUCCGUGUUACCAGCAUUGCAGCUCGCUUCUUGUCAUUUUGUGGAGGAGGGCUCUACAGUUGGUAAAGCCUUUUCGAAAGUUUCUGCUUCAAAUGGCACUCACUUGACAAUUGAAAACUUCGACAUGGAUAGUAAUUUCUCUAAUGGGAAGUCCAAAGUUGGUGGUGCAUCAAGGAGAAAAAAGGGCCAAAAGGAUACCAACAAUAGAGCAAUCAAAUCAGGUGACCUUCAGGUUCUAGAUAAAGAUGGAUCAUCAACACCAAGCUUGUUUCAAUCUCUGAAAUCGGCAAGCUAUGCUCUAUUUAAAGCUUUCCGGCAGCCAAUCAUUCUAAGACCAAUGGCUUGGUUCUUUUUAGCUCAUGUGACUGUCCCAAACCUCUCAACAGUCAUGUUCUACUACCAGACGGAGAUCUUAAACUUGGAGGCAUCCUUCUUAGGCACAGCACGUGUUCUUGGUUGGUUGGGACUCAUGCUUGGAACCUUCAUAUACAAUCAAUACAUGAAGAAUAUGAGGUUGCGAAAAAUUCUCAUGUGGGCUCAUAUUGGUUUGGCCAUUUUGAGUGCUCUAGAUCUGGUGUUGGUGACCCGGACAAAUGUGUCAUUAGGCAUAUCAGAUAGGGGUAUGGUGCUGUACGGGUCUGCUCUUGCAGAUGGCAUAAAUCAAUUCAAGUUUAUGCCAUUUCUCAUCUUAUCAGGACAGUUAUGCCCUCCGGGAAUUGAAGGGACAUUGUUUGCCCUUUUCAUGUCAAUAAACAACUUGGGUUCUACAGUAGGAUCCUUUGUAGGAGCUGGGCUGGCUUCUGCUCUUAACAUCUCUUCGGGAUCCUUUGACAACCUUCCUCUUGGCAUUGGUAUUCAAGUCAUCUGCACAUUCAUUCCUGUUGCUUUUCUGUCUUUGAUCCCCAAGGAAGCCACAGGGAUAUCAGCAUAGUUCAUAGAACCACAGACAUAGCCAGAUCAGAUUUCUUGGUUUUCUUUAACCACAUAGAAGAUUAGAUACUGGAAAUUUGAAAUUCAAUUCUCAUUUGAUUCUUAUUUUGUGUCCUUUGGAGCAAUGCUCUGACAAUUUUGAUGCAGUAGAUGUAGGUCAAGAUUCUACAGAAUAUUGGCCAAUAGAUAUUUACUGGAAUUCAAAAAAUGAGGAAUCUUUUGUUAAACUUUUAUUUCUUAAUUAUAAUUUCAAGUAUUCUAAA